ACAGUAAGCAAACAUGAUUCAUGAGAAUUUGAUGGGGUUUCUGGAUGAUGGAGGGAAAGAACAAGGGGAGGACACAAAUGCAAACGGAUAAAAGAGGGUAACAGAGCAAGACUCCACACAGAUGGCAGAUAUGGGAUCUGGUAUGUGGUGGUCCCAGCUUUUGCUGCUGGUUGUUGUGACAUUUCCAUGUCUGAUUUCUCUGGCAGAUGGAUCUCCAGUGGAAACGAUGUCUGCCCCCAACUUGCUGCGAGUAGGAACAGCAGAAAACAUCUUCAUUGAAGUCCAAAAUUGUGGGCAUGACAAUGACAUACCUGUGCAAAUCAAUGUGAUGGAAUUUCCAUUCAAAAAGAAAAUAUUGGCAAGCACAUUUGUGACCCUGACAAAGGCAAAACUUCACCAGGAUUUGGGAAAAAUUAUGAUUCCCACUGAUGACUUCAGUAGAGAUCCCAACAUGAAGCAAUAUGUUUACCUCCAAGCAAGGUUCCCGGACAGACUUUUGGAAAAAGUUGUGAUGGUGUCCUUUCAGUCUGGAUACUUAUUCAUCCAGACUGACAAGCCCAUUUACACUCCAGAAAGCGAUGUGCGCUACAGGGUCUUUGCAGUGACACCUGGCAUGGCUCCUAUUGACAGAGGAGCUCAAACGGAAAUUGAGAUUGUGUCUCCUGAAGACAUCGUGGUAUGGGCUGGUGUCGGAAGUCUGAGGUCAGGCAUCAUGACGGACAGCUAUAGACUUCCUAGUGUUACCAGCUUUGGCAUGUGGAAAGUUUUGGCAAAGUUCCACAUGAACCCACAGCAGACCUUUGCAGCAGAAUUUGAGGUCAAAGAACAUGUUGUUUCCAGUUUUGAGGUUAAAGUGACGCCUGCAAGCUCCUUCUUCUUGGUGGAUAGCGAGUCGUUGACAGUCAACAUCAAAGCCAAGUAUCAUUUUGGAAAUGAAGUGGAUGGGGAAGCCUUGGUGACAUUUGGAAUUGAACUAGGGGGUUCUAAAAGGGGUUUAACAAGCUCCAUCCAGAGAGUCCCGAUCCAGAGAGGUGAAGGAACAGUCAAGUUGAUGAAAGAGCACAUCACAAAGUCUUUCCCAAACAUCAAUUACUUAAUUGGGACUUCUAUAUUUGUAGCUGCCACUGUGCUAACUGGAAGCGGAGGUGAAAUGGUGGAGUCCGAGUACAAAGGCAUCAAGAUUGUCACAUCGCCCUAUAUCAUCAAUUUCAAGAAAACUGCCAAAUAUUUCCAACCAGGAAUGGCUUUUUAUGUCACGAUUGAAGUUCUCAAUCCUGACAACACCCCAGCACAAGGUAUUGCUGUAAAUGUUAACCCAGGUCAAGUGAUUGGUUCUACUGCUGCCAGUGGCACUGCAAGGUUCACCAUCAAUACUCCAGUGGGCCCUGAAACCCUGACCAUAACAGCAAGGACCAACGAUCCCCAACUUGCUCCUGAAAGACAAGCAGCUGCCUCCAUGGUAGCUCGAUCAUUUAAAGCCAAAAGCAACAGUUAUCUCCACAUAGGUGUAGCUACAGCUGAGGUGGAAUUGGGUCAGUACUUGAGAGUCAGCUUCAUUCCCAGCAGGCAGGAAACUGUACAAAAAGAUAUCACAUACCUGAUCUUGAGCAGGGGUCAGCUUGUGAAAUAUGGACGGCAACAGAUUAUGGGUCAAGCAUACACUAUCGUCAACCUCCAAAUUACCAAAGAAAUGCUACCAUCAUUCCGCAUUGUUGCCUACUACCACUCAAAUUCUGACGAAUUGAUAUCACACUCUGUUCAGGUGGAUGUAAAAGACUCCUGCACAAGCAAACUAAAAUUGGAACUAGUAGGACCCAAACCUUCCUAUCACCCUCGCAGUACGGCCAAGCUAAAGGUCACCGGAGAUCCACAGGCCACAGUAGGACUAGUCGCUGUUGACAAAAGUGUCCUAAACAACAAGAACCACCUCACACAGAAAAGGAUUUGGGACACAGUAGAGGAACUGGACACCGGUUGCACUUCAGGGGGAGGAAAAGACAGCAUGAACGUCUUUUAUGAUGCUGGGCUGCUGUUUGUGACAAGCACUUCUGAAACACCUGACAGAACAGAUUCAAAAUGUCCAGUCCUCGGCAGGAGGAAACGAGCCAUCUCUGUAAUGAACGUCAGAACCAAAUUAUUAAGUCAAUAUGAAGACAAGGAAGGAAGGGAAUGCUGUCUGACUGGUAUGGGGCAUGUUACUGAUUCAUCCACCUGUGAGAUGAGCAGCAGGGCCAUUGUCAAUGGUUCGGCCUGCAUCAAAGCCUUUGUACACUGCUGCAAAGAGAUGGAAAAUCAGGAAGUGAGGAGGGGAGAGGGAAUCAGCUUACGGCCCCGCACCAAAAGAGCAGCAGAUAUGGCUGGAGAUUCAUCUUACACUGACAGAAAUGACAUUUCAACUCGCACCAACUUCCCUGAAAGCUGGCUUUGGAUGGAUUUAAUGCUGAAACCAUGCCCUCCUCAAGAUACAAACUGUGUGUCCUCAUCAACGGAGACAAAUAUACUGUUAAAAGACACAAUAACAACGUGGCAGCUCACUGGCAUUAGUAUGUCGGCCACCCACGGCAUAUGUGUGUCCGAUCCAAUAGAGCUAAGGGUCAAGAAAGACUUCUUUAUUGAUCUUAGGCUGCCAUACUCAGCUGUGCGCGUGGAUCUGAUAGAGGACCAGAACGUGUGCAGUCAAGCUUGGCGACGUGGGGUUUAUGGUCAGGAAGUCCAAGUUGGUGCCCAAAGUACUCGAUCUGUUCCAUUCAUUAUCAUUCCAACGAGAAUGGGAGAAGUCUCUAUUGAGGUCAAAGCAAGUGUUAGAGACAGCCAUUUGUAUGAUGGAAUUCAGAAGAGUCUGCAGGUGGUGCCGGCAGGAGUACUAGUAAAAUCUGUGAAGGUUGUCACACUAAACCCUAAAGGUGGGCAACAGGUUGAAAUUAUCAACAGUGAAAUUCCUCAGAAUAAUCUUAUUCCAAACAGCCCUGUGAAAACAAUAAUCUCACUGAAAGGCGACCAAACGAGUCCGAUGUUAGGGAAUUUUAUCAGUGGGACGUCCAUGGGUACUCUGAUCGUUCAGCCAUCGGGCUCAGGAGAGCAAAACAUGAUUGCUAUGACCCUGCCUGUCACCGCAACCAUGUAUUUGGACAAAACAAAUCAGUGGGACGUGGUCAGCCUUCAAAAACGUAAAGAGGCUCUUGAGUACAUCAAGAAAGGAUACCAAAAUGAACUGGACUACAGGAAACCAGAUGGCUCUUUUUCUACUUUCACUAAUAGUCAAAGCAGCACCUGGCUGACUGCAUAUGUUGCCAAGGUGUUUGCCAUGGUGCAUGAUCUGAUCGGUGCGGAAAAAAGCGUGAUCUGUGACGCCAUCAAGUUUCUCAUUUUAAAGACUCAACAAUCCAACGGCAAGUUCACAGAAGUUGGAAAGGUGUUUCACACCAUCAUGACUGGUGAUGUUACCGGCACAGACUCCGAUGCCUCCAUGACUGCUUUCUGCUUAAUCGCUAUGCAGGAAACUCAAAGUCUAUGCGCUGACACAGUUUAUUCGUUGCCAGACAGUAAAAGCAAAGCAGUGGCCUACCUGGACGAGCGACUUCCACACCUCACCAACCCCUACGCUGUUGCGAUGACAUCAUACGCCCUAGCCAAUGAAAACAAACUCAACAAGGAGUUCCUUCUCAGCUUUUCAGAUCCAGGCCGAUCCCACUGGCCAUCAACAAAAGGAAUUUCUUAUACUCUGGAGGCCACAGCUUAUGCUCUUCUUGCACUUGUCAAAGCCAAGGCCUUUGAUGAAGCCCGAACUGUUGUGAGAUAUCUGAAUCAGCAGGUGAAGUUAGAUGGAGGUUACGGAUCGACUCAGGCCACAACAAUGGUGUACCAGGCUGUAGCCGAGUACUGGACCAGUGUCAAAGACAUAGAGUAUCCUCUUCAUGUGGAAAUCUUAUUACCUGAUAGGAGUCAACCUUCAAAGUACAGCGUGAAUAGAGAAAAUCAACAUCGCGCAAGAAUAUCUCAGUUCAGAGCUAUAAACAAAGACAUCAGAGUGACUGCUAUUGGAGAAGGAAAAGCUACACUGACGGUGAUGUCAAUUUACUACACUGCAUCUAAAGAGACCGACAGUGACUGUGCUAAAUUCGACAUGAAAGUGCAAGUUCUUCCGGAAACAGCUGUUGCGAAUGAGAAAGCAUACAGGCUGAAAAUAGACGUCAUGUACAAUGACAAAGAUCGUGAUUCAUCUAUGUCAAUAUUGGAUGUUGGCUUACCAUCUGGCUACAUUUUUAACAACGAUGACUUGGAUGCACUGUCUAGAGCCGGGAGUAUUUCCAAAUAUGAGGCAAAUACAGUUUUGUCAGAAAGAGGGUCACUCAUCAUUUACAAGGACAAGAUUUCUAAUGAAAAGCCAGAGGAAAUCUCUUUCAGGAUCCAUCAAAAGAUGAAAAUGGAGUUCUUGCAACCCGCUUCUGUUUCAGUCUAUGAAUACUAUGAUAGAAGAAAUUGUGUUCACUUUUACCAUCCUGAGAGAAGUGGAGGUCUGAGGAUGCUGUGUCAGUCGACUGAGUGCAUUUGUGCUGAAGAUUCUUGCAGUAAGCAGAAAAAAGGGAACAUUAACAGUAUGGUGCGUAUAGAAAGAGCUUGUGAGUCCACAGUUACCGGCAGAACAGAUUUUGUUUACAAAGUGAGUGUUGAGGAGAUCACCAAAGGUAUUUCAACUGACCUUUACAAAAUGCGGAUUGUUAGUGUCACGAAAGUAGGAUAUGCUGACCUGUCUCCAAGUAAUCAACUUCGCACAUUUAUCGCUCAAGUGGACUGCCGAGAAGCUCUGGAUCUGAAAGCAAGCAAAACCUACCUGAUCAUGGGCUCAUCCACAGAAAUUCACAGAGACGAACACAGUUCUGGAUACCAAUAUGUGCUUUCUGGAAAGACCUGGAUCGAAUACUGGCCCACAGACUCUGAGUGCGCUACUGAGGCUUACCAAAGUACCUGCCAAGACAUUCGCGAUAUGGUCGAGCAACUUGAGCUGUUUGGGGAAAUCAUGUCUGCCCCCAGCUUGCUGCGAGCUGGAACACCAGAAAAAAUCUUUGUAGAGAUUCAAGAUUGUGAGGCUCAGGGCGAAAUAGCUGUGCAAAUCAACGUGAUGGAUCACCCAGACAAAAUAAAAAACAUUGCAUCCACCUCUGUGACCCUUCGUAAGGAAGAGAAUUACCAGGGGUUUGGAAGUCUUACGAUCAAUCCUUUAGAAUUUAGUAAGGAUCCAAACACAAAGCAGUAUGUUUACCUCCAGGCAAAGUUCCCUUCGCAGGUAUUGGAAAAAGUUGUGCUGGUCUCCUUCCAAUCUGGUUACAUUUUCAUUCAGACUGACAAGAACAUCUAUAAUCCUAACAGUAUGGGUGAGUGCUGCACUACACCAAUAUUGACGUACUCAAACCGUCUUAUUUCUGUUUCACCCGCGUUGCUACUGAGGGCAAAUCUCCACACAAUAAUAAAUGUAACUGUGUUGAAUACCUGUGUUUUCUGCGUGCACCUGUUAAGCCAUGGCUUGUGGAAAGUGGAGGCAAAGUUCCGCAACAACCCACAGCAGAUCUUUGCUACAGAGUUUGAGGUCAAAGACUACGUUCUUCCUAAAUUUGAGAUUAAAAUGACACCUGAGAGCUCCUUCUUCUAUGUGGACAGCGAGUCACUGACGGUCAACAUCAGAGCCAAGUAUUUUUCUGGUGAUGAAGUGGAUGGAACUGCCUUUGUGAUGUUUGGGGUUGUGUUUGCUGGUUCAAAAACGAUCUUACCCAGCUCCCUACAGAGAAUCCCGAUCGUCAGAGGUGAUGGACAGGUGCAGUUGAAAAGAGAGCACAUCACACAGACCUUUCCAAACAUCGCUGAGCUGGUUGGGUACUCCAUCUAUGUGUGCGUCACUGUGCUUUCAGCGAACGGACAUGACCUGGAGAAGGCAGAGUCAGGAGGAGUCAAGAUCAUCACAUCGCCCUAUUCCAUCCAUUUCACAAGAACGCCCAAACAUUUUUUACCGGGAAUGCCCUUCGAUAUCACGUUUGAAGUUUUGACUCCUGACGACACCCCAGCAGAAAAUGUUCCCAUAGUGGUCAAUCCUGGUGGAAUAAGUGGCACCACCUCAAGCAACGGCAUCACUCAAUUUACAAUUAAUACACGCCAAAGCUCUGUUGACAUGCGUGUUACAUUAUUGAGCAAAGGUCAUCUGGUAGAGUAUGGGCGAUACAAGAUGUCGGGUGAAGUACUAUUAUACCUCAUCUUUCCAAUUACCAAAGACAUGCUACCAUCAUUCCGCAUUGUUGCGUACGUCCACACAAAUUCUGAUGAAGUGAUAUCAGACUCGAUUUGGGUGGAUGUAAAAGACUCCUGCGUGGGCACAUUAAAGCUGGAAACAGCAAGAUCUUUGCCCAUCUAUGAACCCCGCAGGUUUUUUGGUCUAAAGAUCACAGGAGAUGCAGAGGCAUCUGUUGGGCUUGUGGCAGUUGACAAAAGAACUCUUGCCCUGAACAACAAGAACCGCCUAACUCAGAAGAAGAUUUGGGACACUGUGGAGAAUUUUGACAUAGGCUGCACACGAGGCAGAGGGAAAGACAGCAUGAAUGUUUUCCAUGACGCCGGACUGCUGUUUGUCACCCGCACUUCUCAAACGCCCGACAGAACAGAUGUAACCUGCCCUGCAUCCAGCCGGAGGAAACGCGGCACCACUGUGAUUAACUUCAAAACCAAACUGAUGAGUCAAUAUGCAGACAAAGAACCAAGAGAGUGCUGUUUGGAUGGGAUGAGGACUAUGCCUUUUUCAAACACCUGUGAGAGGCGCAGUGAGUACGUGGAGAAUGGCCCCGCCUGCGUUGAAGCCUUUAUAAACUGCUGCCAAGAGAUGGAGCAGCGAAUGAGGAGGAGAGAGGGACUCGCACUACAGGCUCGCAGCAAGAGAUCAGAAGGAAUCUGUGUUGCCGAUCCAAUAGAGUUGUCUGUCCGAAAGAACUUCUUCAUUGAUCUUAGCCUACCAUACUCUGCCGUAGUUGGGGAACAGUUGGAAAUUAAAGCAAUUCUUCACAACAAUGACAUCGACACCAUCACUGUGCGUGUGGACCUGAUGGCGAAACAGGACGUGUGCAGCGCAGCUUAUAAUCAACGGGUGUAUAGUCAGGAGGUCCGAGUUGAACCCGAAAGCUCUCGAUCUGUCUCAUUCAUUAUUAUGCCUUUGACGAUGGCAGAUAUUCCUAUUGAGGUCAAAGCAGCUGUCAAAGACUCAUACUCGUCGGAUGGAAUAAAAAAGAUGUUGCGGGUCGUGCCUGCAAGUAAGCUGGUGACAAAUAUAAUGACUGUUACACUGAACCCAGCUGCAGAAGGAGUUGCAAGACACAGCUCCCAAAAGUUUGAAGGAAUUAGUGGAGACUCUAUGGGUCCUCUGAUCGUUCAACCGUCAGGCUCUGGGGAGGAAAACAUGGCCGCCAUGACUCUGCCUGUCAUUGCUACCGUCUUUUUGGACAAGACCGAUCAGUGGAGUAGUAUUGGCUUUAAAAAACGGAAAGAGGCUCUGGAGUACAUUCUGAAAGGCUACCAAAAUGAAAUGGCCUUCAGAAAAGCAGACGGGUCUUUUUCUGCUUCUUCGACUUCCCAAAGCAGCACCUGGUGA